CGCACCUUCAGGCUGUGGUCUCCUGGCUCUGGAAACAGCUCUAGCUCUGUCUUCUGCACCAUGAGCCUCAGACCCAGUGCCACCUCCUUCUGUACCAAUACCAGAGGGGUUCGUGUCCUGCAGGUGUUGCUGCUGCUGUCACUGCUCCUGACUGUGCUGGUUCCCUCUACCACUGGACAACGCAAGAGAAAUUUAGGGAAAGUCGAAAGUGUAGAACCUUAUGUUGAACUGCGAUGCAUAUGUGUGAAGACGAUCUCUGGAAUUCAUCCGAGUAACAUCCAAAAUUUGGAAGUGAUCAGACCAGGGGCCCACUGUGCCAAAGUUCAAGUGAUAGCUACACUGAAGGAUGGGAGGGAAAUCUGUCUGGAUCCAGAAGCUCCCAGAGUCAAGAAAAUAAUCCAGAAACUGUUGGAAAGUGAUGAAUCAGCUGCUUAAUCUGUUUAUUUUCUACCAACUCCUUUUUAAUCUCCCAGGAUGGGUAGGAUUUUGAAGACUUGACAUUCUAGAGUUAUUAAUUCGUAUACUCAUUUUUACUAUACAAAAAUUCAGGUACAUUUUCCAUUCUGUCUCCCAAAUCCUACUUGACUCUGAGAACUUUGCUUAAAAAAUGACAUAAAGAAGAUGAAAAUAAGCAAGACUAACAUAUAAUUUAAGGUUUACUCCCCAGUUUUUGGCUAAACACUGUACUUGCUUUGCAUUUCUUUAGUUGAAAAUUUCUUUCCAAAUCAUUUGUGUAAUUUUAUUUCUCUAAUGUUAUGUUCAAUGUUCCUAUGUUGAUUAACAGAUUUUACAAUAGUCAAUGACACUAGUGAUCAUGCAGAGCCAAGCAUGGAAUACUUGCUCAAUAAAUACUUUUUAAGUGUAUUCAGGCAAUAGAGAUUUUCAAUGUUUUUGUUCUAGAUGGCUUGUUUAAAAGUAUCCUUUGGAAACUUUUCUAAUGUUUAUUUUGCCUUGAAACUCUAAAAAUAAUAAAGUUGUAAAAUGUAAGUCUUGUAA